AUGCAGUUGGAUGAAGCCCCUGGCCCUCCAGAAGAGGCCAUCAGGUAUAUCGAGGCCACUGUAACGCCCGAUUUCUACCAAUUAAUAAACAAUCAGCGCCUGUCCUAUAACAUCUAUACCGCGGGAAUCACUGAGUGGCGCGGCAAGAUCUCUAAAUAUAAGCCAGUCGUCCAUGAGUUUCUCCGCGACGGCGAACAGCUUGCGGCUCGUAUGACGGGCACAAUUAAGCUUGACGGCGUGGACACUGAUUUUGAAAGCUUCGUGUUCGGCAAGGUGGACAAGGCUAGCAAGGAAAUGGAGUGGCUGAUUAAACGGUCUAUUUGGGGUCCUAUUGGUGGAGGGUCCACGGAUGGAGCUUGA